CCUGUCCCCCAGCAGGCCCCAGCUCUAUCUCCUGAGCCCCCUAAGGAGGUGGAAUCUUCUCCCACACAGCCAGAGGCCCCAGCUCAGCCUUCAGAGCCCCCUCAGAAGGUAGAACCAUCUCCAGCCCAGCAGGAAACCCCAGCUCAGCCUCUACAACUCCCUCACAAAGUAGAACCUUUUCCAGUCUCUCAAGAGACUCAUUCUCAGCUUCCACAGUCUCCCGAGAAGGUAGAAUCCUCUCCAGUCCUGCAAGAAGCCCCAUCUCUACCUCUAGAGCCCCUUAAGGAGGUAGAACCUUCUCCAACCCAGCAGGAGGCUCCAGCUCAGCCUCCAGAACCACCUAAGGAGGUUGUAGCACAACCUCCAGUCCAUAAUGAGGUGACCGUUCCACCUCUAGGACAAGAGCAAGCUCAGCCUUCAAACUUGCCCAGUGCCACUGUUCAACCUGUUGACCUGGAGCUUACU